AUGCGAUCACCAUUCCAAAGAGGAAUUUGGAAGGAAGUGCCCCGAGAUCACAGCAAAAACAUCGAUGCGCAGAAAUACAUCCUUUGCAGAUACUCGCUGGAGCACGUUGUCGAACGUUUCGACAUGUUCAAGUUCCAAAACUCUCGACACCCCACUGCGAACGUCGCGGUGCUGGAGUAUCAGUAUGAGAAGAUGAAGAGGGAUCGGCCGCUAUGGCCACAAUACGAUGGUGUUUACAAAUUUGGACGUGCUGGGCUCGUCAUUACGGCGCGUGCCAGGCUGAUGAAGGCUCUGAGGACGUCUCUGUUCGCCAGAGGGUAUGACAUAUACGGACGGAGACUUGCGGCCGAAGAGAUGGACGGGCAGCGCAAGAAGGGUUCAGGUAAUCUGCGCGGGUCGAUACUCUUGAAGGCACAGCAACCACAGGAGAUCAAGGCCAAGUUGACGAUGAAGGAGAUACAAGAGGUUGUUGAUUAUUGUGUGGACUUCUUCAUAAAGCAGACUCAAGGAGUAUGGCCCCAUGAGAGGCCGCCACCUUCUGCCACAACAUCGCGGCGAGCGUCAAGAAGGGAGAUGCAACUCCCGCCUCCAAGCUUACGAGGGCUCCCGUAUCAACCUUGUCUGAAGAAGGAAGACAUGCUGACGCAGGGCACUGACUCCAAGAGCGGUCAACCUUUAAGCAAUGUGACGCAGGAGCAAGAAAGCUCGGCAUCAAAGGCACGCAUAUUGCCAAAGAAGGCUGCAAGGACCUUGAAGCGAUGA